UGUGUGUUUGCGUGCGUGCGUGUGUGUGUGUGUGUGUGUCAAAGUCCAACUUGCAACUGCGUGACAGUCACACACUGAACUUGGGAGUUUUGUGUGGGUUAUCAUGGAGGAACGGAAGAAGAAGAUUCUAUGUGUGGGUCUGGUGUGUCUUGACAUCAUCAACGUGGUCGACAAAUACCCAGAAGAAGAUUCUGACAGCAGGUGUCUGUCGCAGCACUGGCAGCGAGGAGGAAACGCUUCAAACUCGUGCACGGUGCUGUCGCUGCUCGGAGCGCCGAGCGCCUUCAUGGGCUCUCUGUCUGCAGGACCUGUGACCGAUUUUAUUUUGGAGGAUUUUCAGAAGUUCCACAUCGAUGUGUCUCUGGUGUCCAAGCACGCUCAGUGUGCGCUUCCAGCUUCCGUGGUCGUCAGCAACAUCAGCACAGGAAGCCGCACCAUCCUGCACAUGAACAGUUUCAUCAUGGCCGACUUCUCGCGGUGCGCCGUCGAUGUCUCUGCGCUGGUCUGGCAGACGGAGGGUCAAACUCCGUCUGCGUGUUGCGUGGUUUGUCCGUCCAGCGGCUCUCGAACCGUCGUGCUCUACGACACGGACCUCCCUGAAGUCACAGCGGAGGAUUUCUCCAAAGUGGAUCUCCAUCAGUUCAAGUGGAUCCACUGGGAGGGCCGUAACGCCGAGGAGCAGGUGAAGAUGAUCCAGAGGGUUGUGGCGUUUAACGCCACGUUGCCGCGGCAGCAGCAGAGAAUCACCGUCUCCGUGGAGAUAGAGAAGACCAGGGAACCGCUGUAUCAGCUGUUUCCUCACGGCGACGUGGUGUUUGUCAGCAAAGACGUGGCCCGACACUUCGGCUUCCUGUCGGCGGCAGCUGCUCUGAAAGGGCUCCGCGGCCGGGUGAAACCGGGGGCUGUCCUAGUGUGUGCCUGGGCAGAAGAAGGAGCCGAUGCUUUAGGUCCUGACGGUUCUGUCAUUCAUUCGGACGCGUUUCCUCCUGAAACUCUGGUCGACACUCUCGGAGCCGGAGACACUUUCAACUCUGCCGUCAUCUACACGCUAUCCAACGGUGGAAGUUUGCAGGACGCGCUGACGUUCGGCUGCCGAGUCGCUGGCAGGAAGUGCGGUUUCCACGGUUACGAUGACAUUGGCAAAUACUUUGGCAACUCCAAACAGUGAAGGAUUCAUGAUGAUAGUCUAAGGUUGAUAAUGAUGGGUUAAAAUUAAAUAUUGAUUUUAUUCAGCAGUGAAAUUACAACAUAUUUUACUUAAUUAAUUUACAAUUAAGACUAAUGUGCUGUAGAAUAAUUACACCGUUUACUUUUCUUGCCAAAAUUAUCUCCUAUGUCAAUCUUUCUGAAACCCAGAAAAGGUUUAGUUCACAGUACAAAGAAAGAGGAUAACGCUCAAACUGUAGAAACAUCUGAGGUUGUCAUCUACACUGCACUCCUUUGAUUCUUAGCUUUUCAAAAUAAAAGCCUUAGACGCGUGGGCUGCAUUGCUGCUUACAAGCAGUAUCUGAAGGCAGCUACCUGCGGGAAUGGUGGAAGAACUUUCCUUGUUAAACUGUGAAGACGUCUAUAGCUAGUUGUUCAGCUCUGAAGACGGUGAUCUGGUUGUCUAGGUGACAGUGGUACCACUUUAAAAAGCUAUUUAAAGUUGCAACUUUAACUGUAAUCGUAUCAUUAAUAUUUUAUUAUAAGUGAUCUUAAGUUGAUAAUAAAUAAACAUAACUAUUAACAAGCUGCUAAUAAAGGGUUGAUAAACUGGUGUCUGGAAUGCAGCGACUUUAAAUGAACUAACAUCUUGUUAAUAUCAAAUCAUCGCUGUAUUGUUGUUUUUUUACCUGAUGAGAAUAAAAUGUAUUGAUCCGACAGAAACAUGAAGCUGCUCUACUUCUCUU